AUGCCGCCUGUCCAGUUCGGAGGAGAACUAGCUGCUGCCUUGCCUUCUGGGACCUCGUUUGCUGAGGAGGGACUCACAUACUCCACUGGUGUUUUGCUGUUGCUCAUUCCAUGCAUCUUUGGCAGCUCUUUUCUUCUGCUCAGACCCUUCCCCGUGCUCAGACAGUGCACCGCUGUCCCAUCUAAAGAAACCUGUCAGGAAUACGAGCUUCUGGACCUAGUUCUCACUCUGUCGCCCAGGCUGGAGUGCAAUGGUGCGAUCUCGGCUCACUGCAACCUCUGCCUCCCGGGCUCAAGUGAUACUUGUGCUUCAGCCUUCUCCCUAGUAGCUGGGACUACAGGUGCAUGCCACCAAGCCCGGCUAAUUUUUGUAUUUUUAGUAGAGACGAGGUUUUACCAUGUUGGCCAGGCUGUUCUCAAACUCCUGACCUCAAGUGAUCCACCCACCUCAGCCUCCCAAAGUGCUAGGAUUACAGGUGUGAGCCACCGUGCCCAGCUGAUGGGACCCCAAAUCUUAUGUCCAGACCCCAGGGUCUGAAUUCAUAUUUAACUACUGAAAGGCAUCAGCAUCUCCUCUCUGGUUGAACUUGACCUUCUUACUGAGAACCAGCUAGGCAGGCAUCAGAAGCAUCAGGCUCUCCAGAGGAGAAGCUGGUGGGCAAAUAGAUCAGGAGCAAGUGCUUUCACCAUCAGGGAUGAAAGUUGAAGGCCAAGAACACUUCCUUGUCCUGUGGUGCAGGGGUUGGGAUGGAGGGGUGAGUCUUAUAAAUGGAAGAGAACUAAGUAUUGUGAUUUCAAGGAAGAACAUCUGUCCCCUGCCCCCAAAUACCCCCAAACCCGCCAAAAUUCUACAGAUUCAUUUGGCUUAACUCCUCUCACAGAGGUAAGCUAAGGUAGUCAGUCUCACUGUAGUUGUGGUGAAUUCAUUUAAUGAUCUUGGUUUCCUAACUGCUAGAUAAUCCACUGGAGCCAAAGGAGUUUUGGUGGAUUGAGGGAACCUACAGAGGUUGGGUAGGGGUGUGUUAGGAGUUGAAUUGUUUCCCCAAAAAAUUCAUGUUGAAGUUGUAACCCCCAGUACCUCAGAAUGUGGCAUUCUUUGGAAAUAGGGUUGUUGAUUUAAUUUGGGAAGGUGAGGUCAUCCUGCAGUAGUAGGGUGGGCCCCUAAUCCAGUAUGACUGAUGGCCUCAUGAAAAGGGAACAGAGCCCUACAGUUUACACAGUGCUUUUAUGCACAUUUUUCCUAUCCAUUUCUGUGGGGUAGGCAUUAUCAUACCUGUUGAUUUUACUCUAGUUUAUUGCUUUUUUGGCCUACCAUCUGUUAGCCUCACUUUUUCUAACAACAGGAACCCCUUCUGCCAAACACACAACAUAUUUUGGAAAGUUACCCUACCCCAUUCCAACAUGUGCUUGUGUUGAGAGGUACCAAUCUUAAUCCUCCUGCCCAGCCCUAGCCUAAAGAAGUGUGUGUGUGCUGGUUAGGCUCUCCCCGUCAGUCCCCAGCUAAUCUCAUCCCUUCCGUGCCCCAGGAGGCUAUACGCAUCAGAUUGCACUUCCAGAGCCCCCGGCCUCUGGUUGGGCUUGGCCACUGCGAUGAGCAUCCUCAAAAAAGACCAGAGAGCUGGAGGAGAGAGAGGUUGGGGCUUCAUUCCCCAAUCCACCUCACUGCAGUCCCGCCAGGGGCCACGGUCACAGCUCUCACAAGGGGCAUCCUCUGCCAGGGUAGCAGCUCUUGCCAGACUAUGAUAACAAUAUUCUCUUUUACCCUUCAGCUCUGGUGGAGGUAAUAGCUUCCCUCUGUCACACGUCUCUGGACACUUCACCAUCCUGUACUGGUUUCCUCAGUUCUGAUUAUUCCCUUACAGAUGCUGUCUGUUGAAUUCAUUUAAACCAUAUUGAGUUGUACCAUUUAGUUCUUGCCAGGACUGUUAGCUAUGGCUUGUCUUAGAGGCUUAUCCUGAUGGUCACGGUGAUUAGGCCCAGAGGUGCCACAUGAUCCAGCGCACGUCAGAGUCCUCCUGUGAGUUCCUUUUCCUUUUAGUAACCAGAGCUGAGAGAGAGACACCCAUUCUUAUGGAGUGGUGAAGCGAUGGAGGAUAUGAGCUUUGCGCUGGCAGCCACAUCCCUACCUCUUGGAUAAAAUCAUUCACAUCUUGGUUUUGAUCUCUCGGGUCCCCACACUGCCCUGAUUCCCACCUUUAAAAUAGCAUCCCACUUUGUGCUUGAGCCGGUUUACAUAGGUUUCUGUUACCUGCAACCAUUAAGAGAGAGUUUUUCAGCUAGUGAACAGGAGAGUCGAAGCUCAGACUCCAGGCAUCUGCCUCCAAAGCCUGUACUUUUCGCAGAUGCUCCAUAUUCGUAACUGUGGCCAGACACCUCCCCUGCUGUUGGCCACAGCUGAGAAAAUCCCUCCUACUCCUGUGAGGAAAGGCACGUGUGUCUGGGUAUUUCCCAUAGCAUGAUACAGGGGUAAUUCAUUUUGAAUAAUAAGAUCAUACACGAAAAGUUCUGUAUUAACUGAAAGUUGACCAGUUGAAUCAUAUCUUUAAGGUAUAAGAAGAGCUCUUUGCUGGAAGGAAUCUUGUCAUUAGUCCUUUAGUAAAGCAGAGACCCUCUGUUUGUCCUGUUAAAUCCAGAUUUUCACUCCUACUGGUGGUGUGUGAGCCCUUUGUUAACUAAACAAUUUGUAAGAAUUGCUCCACCUCCCAAAGAAUUUCCCAGCUUAUUGACGGAAUGGAAGAAUUUGCCUCAAUGGAUCCCCAAAAACAAGGUGCCCUUGGAGGUACUCCACUCUGUCAAGACAAGGGGAACCGCCAAAUCUUGUCAAGAUGCUGCUCAGAAGUAACCAGAGGGCUCGAAAGUUCGCAGGGGGCUCUAGCCAUGAGAUCACUACAGGCCAACUAAAGAGAUGGCUUCAGGAUAGGGUGAAUGUAACCUAGAUUAGAGGAGUUAUGAAACAAUUGUUCAGGCAAUGCAGGAACAAGGCCUCCUCUCUUUACCUGUUCUUUGUAGGGUGUCUUUCCCAUAUUCCAGGAAUCUCUUUAGCCAGGCAAUACAUUCUUCUUCCAGCCAAUUCUUUUGAUAUUGCAACUCAUGCUGAUUGGCCUCUCAUGCCCUCUUGAUGGUGUGAGCCACAUUAUCUACAGCCAGCCAGGAGAGGGUGUCUUUAUUGAAGAUCAGGAAAUUCUGCCCAUCAUAUGCAUACUGCAGAAAUCCUGUAGUGCUUCCAUCCUCCAGCAGCUCACAGCCAAUCAUUCUCUGGUAAGUGUGAGACCCUGGAACACACACGCAAGCCCAGAGGGGUCCACACAGAGACAGAGGUGGGCUCUCAAGUGCUGGGAGCAGGGGCAUGGCUGGAAGCAUCCUUUGGUCUACGUCACCCCACAGGCCUGCUGUGGCAUCGCUAAGUCCCCAGGAGGUCCCUCUUUGGAAGCCCACCUGACAGCAGGGUUGUUUUUUAAAUUUUUUUUGGUUCAUAUAGCUUUAGGGAUACAAGUAGUUUUUGAUUGCAUGGAUGAAUCGUGUAGUGGUGAACUCUGGGCUUUUGGUGUAUCUGUCACCCGAAUCGUGUAUGUUGUACUCAGUAGCUGGUUUUUUUUCACCUCACCCACCUUCCACCUUUCCCCUUCCUGAGUCGCCAGUGUCCAUUAUACCACUCUGACAACAAGUAUUUGUGAAGUACCUACUGCAUGCCAAAGGAGUGUGAUAAUUCCCUUCUUGGGGAGUUAUCCUGUAAUGGGAAUGAUUGAUUGAUAAACUGUGGCUAUUUGAGUGCAGUGGAGGAGGGAGAGAGAUGCAGGAGCUAGAAAUAUCCCUGGGAAAGUUAAUGUCAUUGUGCAUAAGCAAGCAGGUCACUAGGCCUGGCUACCAAGAAGUGAGACACAGAAUGGGCAAAUUUAGAAUGGGAAAGGAGAUGGGGAUAUGGGGAAGGGGGAUGCGGCAGAGGAUAAAGGGCUCCUGCGGGGAGAGGGACAGUCCAGAAGAUGCACAGGCAGAUGGGACGCUCUGAACUCCAUCAACCAGAUUUCCCAGGUUUUGCCAAAAGCCACAGCAGGUGCAAGUCAGCAUUGCUCAUUGGAGGUCAGCCCAAGGGCCUCUGUGGCGUGGGGGAAGUGUCUGUCUCUGCUGCAUGCACACCUGAGUGAUUGUAGUGCCUCUGCAGGCGCUUCAGUUCCACCUUGAACAUCUGCUGCCAGCCCGUCAGCAGCUGAGUGUACCUCUCCCAGUGAUCAGGCGCGAGGUUCUCUGCCAUCCAUGGGGCCCGUGGCUCCUUCUGCCGAGUGACACUGUCAUAUGUGGUGAUAGGGUGCAAGUCCACAUACCCAACCGAAAUAAAUUCAGGGACCCCAUGGAUGGGAUCCGAAACACCCAGGCGAAAAUAGAGAGUGCGUCCCUGGAAAGGAGGCAAAGAAGGAAGACAUGUAGGGUCCCAGAUGAUCCAGAUCCUUCAACUGCAUUCAUUUAGCCCCACACGAGUGCUCCCUGCUCAGCUGUACCCAGGCCUCCAGGCCCCAGCUGCCAUUUCCUCUUACAGAACCACAGAACCCAGGAACCAGGGCCUGGACAGGACUUUAGAGCUCCAGACCAGUGACUUGGAGCCUUUCUCAUUCAGGUUUGCAAAUGCAGGAUGGAAUUUUAUAGGUAAUCUCAACUCAUAAGCAAAGUACAGAGCAAGCUUGUCCAACCCACCGCCCAGGACGUCUUUGAAUGCGGCCAACGCAAAAUUUGUAAACGUUCUUAAAACAUGAGGGGUUUUUUUUUUGUGAUUUUUUUUUUAAGCUCAUCAGCUAUUGUUAGUGUAUUUUAUGUGUGGCCCAUGACAGUUCUUCCAAUGUGGCCCAGGAAAGCCAAAAGAUUGGACACCCCUGGUAUAGAGUGCUGCUCUGGUUGUAGGGGGAAGGGAGAAGACACAGGGGGAGCUGUCCCUACGGGAGCCCUCGGGAACUCUGAGGUCUUGAAAACCCUGAUAAUCCAGCCCUCUUGUUUUACCAAAGAAGUCUGUGGGUGGAUAAAUGAGGACCCCCCACUCCACUUCUGUGUGCACGUGUGAGCACGCACACAUAAGCACAUGCGCAUAUACACCAGGUCGGUCAGAGCGAGAUCCCUGUUAGGAUUCAGGCCUAAGUGGGCAGGUAGCGUCUAUAGUGUGGAGAUGUUGGACAAAGGAUGAUUCAUGUUCUGAGUGGGACCAUGUGAGAUUUCUUCAUGCUACCAAGAACAGUGUGCAAUUUAAAACUUAUGAAUUGUGUAUUUCUGGAAUUUUCCAUUUACAUUUUUGGAACCAGUAGCUGAAACCGUGGAAAGUGACAGCAAGGAUAAGGGGCUGCCACUGUCCAUAAAUUGUGGAAUGGUUAGAUCUAGCUUCCUAACAACUGCAUAACCUCACAUCAUUCGCGUAGAGAUGAUUUUUUUUUUUUUUUUUUUU